GUAUCGAACCCACCCUCUCUCUUUCUCUUCUCCUUCCUCCAAAACCCCUCUUUCUGGGUCCCGGCUAGGGUUAGGGUUUUUCUACCUUCCUUAUCGACUAGUCUUCUUCCACUUUCAUUUGAUCUCUUGCUUCAAUUGAACCUUUUAUACUAAGCUUUCGUUCUCAACCUUAUUUACUUGAAGCUCAUUUUUUAUCCGGAUCUCGAUCCAUGGAUAUCCGCAAGAGGGGAAGACCCGAACACAGCUUCAAUAUUAAUGGCGGACUUAAGAAAUCUAAGCAAGAAAUGGAGUCCUUAUCAACUGUUGUAGGAAGCAAAUCAAAGCCAUGUACCAAGUUUUUCAGGUUCUAGCUUGCCAAGGUUUUAGGAUUUGCAGUUCAAAUUUUGAAGUGGUGAUUUAUUAAGAAAUUAUGAAUAAUGUUGCUGAAAGACCACUUAAUGGAGAACUAGAUGAUGAUGAAGAAGAUGAUGCUAAUGGUGAAAACCUUGAAGCCUGGGAGAGAACUUAUGCAGAAGAUAGAUCGUGGGAAGCUUUGCAAGAGGAUGAAUCAGGGCUUCUUCGCCCCAUAGAUAACACUGCUAUUUACCAUGCUCAGUAUCGUAGGCGCCUUCGAACUCUCACUUCUUCAGCAGCUACUGCACGGAUUCAGAAGGGUCUUAUACGAUAUCUAUACAUUGUUGUUGACCUGUCCAAGGCAGCUUCAGAGACGGACUUUCGACCUAGUAGGAUGGCUGUGAUCGGGAAACAGGUUGAGGCUUUUAUCAGGGAAUUCUUUGAUCAGAAUCCACUUAGCCAUGUUGGACUGGUGACUAUAAAAGAUGGGGUGGCUCAUUGCUUAACGGAACUUGGUGGCAGCCCUGAGUCUCACAUUAAAGCUUUGAUGGGUAAACUGGAAUGCUCAGGUGAUGCGUCCCUACAAAAUGGGCUAGAGCUUGUUCUUGGAUAUCUAAAUCAAAUCCCUUCAUAUGGUCACCGAGAAGUUCUGAUCUUAUAUUCAGCUCUCAGUACAUGUGAUCCCGAUGAUCUCAUGGAAACCAUCCAGAAAUGCAAAAAGAGUAAGAUAAGGUGCUCAGUCAUUGGUCUUGCUGCUGAAAUGUUUGUAUGCAAACAUCUCUGCCAAGAAACUGGAGGAACUUAUUCUGUUGCACUAGAUGAGUCCCACUUUAAAGAGUUAAUCCUAGAGCAUGCACCACCACCUCCAGCAAUAGCAGAGUAUGCUACUGCUAAUUUAAUUAAGAUGGGUUUCCCACAACGAGCAGCUGAGGGUUCUGUAGCAAUUUGUACAUGUCAUGAAGAGGCUAAGACAGGAGGGGGAUAUACAUGUCCUAAAUGCAAAGUUCGUGUCUGUGAGCUUCCUACUGAAUGUCGCAUCUGUGGAUUGACUCUUAUUUCUUCACCCCAUUUGGCAAGGUCAUAUCAUCAUCUAUUUCCUAUAGUGAUGUUUGAUGACAUCUCUCCAUCAUCUCAAAAUGAUCUAGGCCACAGUUUUUCCAAUGCUUGUUUUGGUUGUCAACAAAGUCUUCUUAGUCAGGGAAACAAACCUGGACUUUCUGUUAUUUGUCCAAAAUGCAAACAACAAUUCUGCCUUGAUUGCGACAUCUACAUUCAUGAAAGCUUACAUAAUUGCCCAGGCUGCGAGAGUUUCAGGCAUUCUAAGUCUAUAACUGCUUCCCGAUGAUUGCCAAUUUUUUGCAUGUGACUUGGAAUUGCCAUCGAAAUGGUGUACUGCAUUGUAUCCCAUUUAUUUUUAUAUUGCAUCCGCCCACUGGACUUAUAUACAAGUUCGGGUGCUAAGUGACUGAUCAACAUUAUCAUCUGCUCAUUGAUUUCAACGAUUUGGCCCUUGAUGCAGCAGGCCCCUGAACAGUAAAUGCUUUGCAGCCCAGACAACAGAAGUGAUAUUUAUACAAGGGUGAGAUUUUUUCACUUGUCGUUCUAAAUCAUCAACUUCUGAUCCUUUUCCUUUUUCUGUUCUUUUGCUGGAAAUUAAGGCACAUGUAAGAUGUCUCCAUUGAAGUUUUUUUUUUUCAAAUUGAUGGGCUGACGCCAACAUUCUUGCUAGCGGAUAAAUUUUGAUCAUUAAGUUACCAUUUCUAAGUUUGUAUGAAAUAUUUACGUUUGUUAUGCCUCUAGCAACCACUGUUGUGAACUUGCAGCUUCAGCUAACAUAUUUCAUUACUGCAGUAUGAUCAUGGAAAAUUUGUUGUGUAAAAUAUUUUCAUGGAAAACAUUUGUAGUAGAAAACAGAUUUUGAGCAGAAUAUUUGAUAUCCCAAGAAAGUU